AUGCGUCCGAUCGCGCGCAUGCGCGACGUGGACGCGAGGAGAGCGACGGGCGACGCUUCGACUCGAUUGAUACAGAUCGUCGCGCGCGCGGUGAAGAAUGCCCUAGACGCGCGCGCGCGGACGAUCUCCGUCGAGGUCGGGGUCAGGGAUGUCAUAACGAUGCUCUGUGCGGACGAUGGGGAGGGGAUGACGCGGGAGAGCGCGCGGGAGCUGGUGUGGGCGUUCGGAGAACCGAACGGCGCGGCGCGCGGGGCGACGAGGCAAGCGAAUCGAAGACGCGGGCGGGCGCUAAGUACCAUCGUCGCGCAGUGCGAGCGCGUGGAGAUAGCGACGAGGGCUAAUAAUGAAUGUGAGACGACGACGAUCCGAGCGACGCGCGCGGCUGGGGUCGAGUGCGGGUCAGGGGCGUUCGAUGAGAAGUGGUCGACGACGGUGAAGUGCGUUGGUGUCUUCGCCGCAAAUUCGAUCGCGGCGGCUCGAACGCGAGAGGACGUUCGAAAGGGAGCUCUGGAGAGAGAAUUGAAAUCCAUCGUGUUUCACGCGUGUCUACUCCGACCGGAGCUCUCCAUGAAUGUGAUCAUGAAUGGACGCGCAGUUGAGAGAGUCUCAGGAGAUCGCGAAUCGGUGUUGGACGGUUUACGUCGAGCGUACGGAGACGAAGUCGUCGGUUGGUUGCGAAUGGUCGAUUACGAGAGCGAGGAUGCGAAAUGGCGCGUACGUGGAUACGUCACACCCGCGGAUCGGCGUCUGGGAUCGUCCGAUAUGCAGCUGGUGUACGUCAACGGAGACCACAUUAUCGGCAAGGUUGACGCUUUGCAUCGAGAGAUGAUCCGAAUCGAAGCUGACGCCUUCUUGGGAGACGGUGCCCGAAACGCAGGCAAGGGCUAUCCCGGAUUCCUCAUAGCGAUCGACUGUCCCGAUGAUUCUUACGAGGUGACGUACGAUCCAUCAAGGACGCUCAUUGAAUUCGAUGACUGGGACACCAUGUUUAGUCAUUUGCGCCAGGCGAUUGUUCACGAGCAGUGUUGGCCGAUUCGAGAGGAGCCGUCGUCAGAAAAGGAGCCAUCCCCCCAAGAGCCACCGCCUCCCGUUUUAAGAAGAGGCACGUUCUCUCAGACUAGUAAACGUGAGCGAUGCGAUGACGCAUGUUGCGUAUCGACCAAUGGACCGUUCUCACGAGCGAUGCUACGGCAUCGAAACUCUCUUGACUCUGCACCACCUGUCCCGCAUCCAUCCAUCAUGGAGACGUGGAUUAAUCCCGUUUUUGACGCGCCCGAGGUCCCAAUCUUGACCAUCGAGAAGACACCAUCGAAUUCACGUUUACGAGCGCCGGCAACGCUCGAGCGUGCUGCGCUUGAGAAAGCGAGAGUGAUUGACCAAGUGGGGAAAAAAUUUAUCAUCUCGACGGUGGACGACUGCAUCGUGGCGUUUGAUCAGCACGCGUGCGACGAACGAAUAGGCCUCGAAGAGCUCUGGGCCACGAUACUCAAUCCAAACAAACACGUUCCAACGCAAGAAACGAAAUCUCCAGCGCUUUGGGCGACACCCAUGAGCGUAAACGAGUUCGACGCUCUGGAGAAUAAUGCACACAAUGUUCGCCGUUGGGGAUGGGAUUGGAAAACUGACGACGGCGGUAACGGCAAGCAAGAAACUAUGAUCUAUCUCACUCGAGUGCCAACAAUACGAGGGACCACACUCGGCGGGGACGCGCUUCGCCAGUACUUAUACGAGCUCACGUCGACUUCAAGUUCCUCGACACACGCGCCACGACCACUCCACCGUUUGCUUGCGUCCAAAGCAUGUCGCGGAGCGAUCAUGUUCGGCGACACUCUGAAUCCUCAUGAGUGCGAAUGCAUCAUUAAAGCCUUAAGAUUGACGCAGAUGCCCUUCGCAUGCGCACACGGUCGCCCGACUUGCGCACCGCUAGCGCGAAUUCCCUCUCGCUCGUUGCCAUCGGCGCGUGCAGAUAUUCCUCACAUACGCGCUUGGAUACGCAAACGUAGUGAAUCACUGUGA